UAUGUUUCAAAUAUAUUAAAAAUAUGCCACUGGUCGUGCACAAAAGUUUAUGGUAAUAUUUUUUAAUUUAUUUGAAAAUGAUAGAUGAUUUCCAAAUUUAAAAAGCGCUGCCAAUACCGAUAUCUUUAAUGAAACUACCUUCUAUAAUUAUGCCAUGGUUUUAACCUACAUUAUGGGGAUUUAUUUGGCAUAUAACAAUUUAAACCCACUUGGUUACGGAAUCCGGUACAAUGUAAACGUACUAUUAAAUUUUUUGGACUGGUGGUAAAUAUACAAAUUGUUUUAUAAUAAGUAAUGUUAAUUUAUAUAUCUUCUUUGCAAAUAUAAGAAAUAAAUUUACAUAAUUUUUAUCGUUGCGUUUUGUGAUUUUGUAAAUAUUCUUUUCGAUAGAGGGGGUGAUUUAUCCUCACUAGAAAACUUGAACAAUUCCAACAAGAUAAAUCGAUACAGUGCUUCAUAUUAUGAAGCUUUAAUGUGUAAAUGAUUACAGGUUAUUAGUCGAAAGUAGUCACAAUCGUAAAUGGCUACCGGUUAAUAAAAUCAAUUGACCUGCAUCAACAAUCAUUUUGAAUUCAAGCAGCAACGAUACAAUUCAAGCAUCAACGGCGUACCUUUCUAUUUUGUGCUAUUAGCAUUUUUUUUCUUUUUACAAGGACGAGAUUUAUCCUCACUAGAAAACCUGACAAAUUCUAACAAGAUUAGAAAGAUUACAUGUCUGGCACAUCCAUAAAAUUGGAUUUUUAACUUCGCAGACAAAUUAGCGGACCUUUGAAAAUUUUUCUUUGAAUUUAAUCAAGUCAAGCAUCAACUAUCGGCGUACCAUUGGUAUUUUGUUCUUUAUACAAGUAUGUUUUCAUUAGUGUCAUAUAAUUAUGGCGAGUUUUGUGUCGUAGACACAAAAAAAACCAAACCAUUUGACGGGGACGGAUAUAUUUUUAAAUACAAAGGCGGAUCCUAUCUGGGAACGAUAAUAGCAAAAAGCGACAACAAGGAAGAACUUUCUAAUUUAAAGAAUAUAAAAGAAGACGAAGCCAAAAGGCAAGAAACACAGCCAAAACAAAAGAAUACUUAUUCAUCACAAGCGAUGGAAACUGUAAGGGAUUCUAUACAAAAUAUGUCAUCGUCCAUAAAUAAUGAAAUGUUACAAAGCCUAAAAACUUUUAGCUUGGUUGCUUACGACACUGAUGAUUAUUUUGUUAUUAACUCAAAAACUAUAACACAACUCCAAGGCAGUGAUUGUGUUGUGAAAUAUAGAGGUGGUUUUUAUUCUGCAAAACUAAUUGCAUCUUAUGAUGACAAAAAGAAACUUCUGGAAUUAAAGCGAAUGAAAAGAAGACAAAGUCACUCAAAACAUGUAGACCAAAAGCCUACAUAUGAAAUAAAUAAAUGUAUACCAAAUUCUACAACAAAUGUCCAGAAGAGUUCAGAACCAGAAAUUAUAAAUGACAAUUCAAUGGAACUACAAAAUAAAAACCAUCACGAAACAUCGGGAGAAGAUUCAAAUUAUUCAUCAUAUGUAAGAAAUCACGAAAUAAUAUAUAAUUCUGGUAGUGAAUGUUCUUUAAAUGCUUUUGACGUAAGUUUGGCAAAAAAACAAGGGCAUCUUAAGAACUCUACAGUCUUACAAAAAAGCACGAUGAACUCGAAAGAUUAUAAUCCCUCUAAAAGUAACAAAAAUGACACACUACUAGACGAAUCGGAGCCUGUUAUAACGAAAGUGACGGGUAUUGAAAUUCCUUCAUCUGAAAAUCAUUCCAAACAAAGUGAUCAUAUAUUGUCGGACACGUCAGAGUCAACGUGGGAUGAAACUUCAUCAAGUGGCGAAUCUGUUUCUUUUAAAAAUGCAGUGCUUAAAACCCAACGACUAAAAAAUUCUACUGCUAUUAAAUCAUCAGGUAAUAGAAGUACGUUGGCUACAGAAAGUUUUGAUUCCUCUAUGCCAUAUAAUGACAAAUCUGUGUCAGAAUACCUACCGGAUUCAUCUUUACAAAAUACAACAGUAAAUACAAGUUCCAUUGUAGAAGUUAACACCGCUCCAAUUCAGAUAGAUUCGUUAAGAGUUCCGUUUUCAAAAUCAAAACUAAAAAGACAUUUUUGCAUGUAUUGCAAAACAUUGCAGUGCAAAAUUGCUCGACAUUUAUUCUUAAAACAUAAAAACGAAAAUCUAGUUAAACAAGCAAUGGCACUUCCCAAAUUGAGCAAAGAACGUUUAAAAUUAAUUGAAGACAUUCGAAAACAAGGAGAUUUCAUACACAAUACAUGCAGUGAUCAGAACACUGGUAUUUUAAUUGUAUCUAGACGACAACAACAAAAAACAAACCGAAAAGCCGACGACUAUAUAUGCUGUCCAAAAUGUAAAGGAUUUUAUACAAAAUUUGCAUCACGACAACACAGUAGGAAAUGUGUUCAAAAACACAACUCCAGAUCAAAUUUUAUUGAAGGGCGAAAAUUAACUCAAUAUAUACACCAUGUUGCGAGUCCUGCAAUGAAAACAACGAUAUUUCCUGUUCUCCGAAAUGAUAACAUAACCAAAGCAAUACGUUUCGACGAAUUAAUUAUCCGAUAUGGUAACAGAUUAUCCGAAAAACUUUCUCAAAGUCACCACCAUGAUCAAAUCCGAGCAAACAUGCGCCUUUUGGGUAGAUUUAAAAUAGAAUUUAUGAAAAUUGUGCCGGAGAUAUCCGAAUUGAAAGAUAUAUUCAAACCAUAUUUGUUCGAUAAUGCUAUUGAGGCACUUCGAAAAACAGCAAAGUGGACCUUUGAUAAAGGAUUCGCAACGCCAGCUGUUGCCACAUCCUUGUCAUCUUUAAUAAAAAAAUGCGCACGGAUACAACGAAAUGAAUUUAUUAAAUGUCAAAAUGAAGAUUCUAAAUGUAACUUAGACAAUUUUAUUUCUCUUUGGGUAGAGGAAACACCCGUACAAAUCAACAAAAAAGCUCUGGAAGAUCUCGAAAAUCGGAAAAGGACAAAAACUAAUGACUUGCCAAGUAAAAACGACAUCAAAAUUUUGUAUGAUUAUUUAAGAACUAUAAUGCUUGAUUCCUUCGCCGAAUUAUGCUUAAACUACAAUUUCAUUUCCUGGAAAAAACUUUUGGAAUCUACAUUAAUAUUUAUCCAAGUAUUCAAUCGACGAAGAGCUGGGGAAAUUGAAAGGUUAACAAUUGAAAACUUUAAUAAAAAGGAACAAAUAACUGAUUGUGUAGAAGCUGGCAUGUUGGAAAAUAUCUCUAAACAAUCCAUUAAUUUCGCCAAACAAUUCGUUCGAAUCACGUUACGGGGAAAGUUAGGAAGAACCGUGAGCGUUUUGCUCGACCCACUGUGUAUUAAGUCCAUUAACAUUAUUCUUAAAUUCAGAGAAAAGGCUGGCAUUUCCAAGACAAAUCCAUAUAUAUUUAGUGCGCCUGGUAAGUCCAGCUUAGCAAAAAGUUACUGCAGAGCAUGUCCUUUGCUGAGAAAAUUUGCAUCAGAGUGUGGAGCAUUGAUUCCCGAUACACUUAGAGGCACAAAACUGCGAAAACACAUAGCAACAUAUACCUCAUUGCUGAACGUGCAAGAAUCGACGGUUGAUAGACUUGCUAACUUUUUAGGCCACCACAAAGACAUCCACAAAAGCAUAUAUAGGGUACCGGUGCCAGUAGCCGAAAUUACAAGCGUGUCAAAAAUUUUAUUAUCGGCUGCUGGGUGCAAUUUGCAAAAUAGUAUCGAAACUAGUAAUUCUAAUAGAAAUAUAGUUUCUGAUAACGAAGGGAGUAUGCAAUAUGAAGGUUUGGAGGAAAACUCUGAAGAUUCAGAAACAGAUAUGGUAAAACCGAAGAGACGUAGUACAUCCCCUUUCGGACGGACAAUACGCAAGAGGUGGAGCAGUGCUGAAAUUGAUUCCGUUAAAGAAACAUUUGGAGAUAUUUUGGCCUUGGAGAAGUUGCCUUCCAUAAAGCAAUGUGCAGCAGCUAUAGAAAAAAAUAUCUCCCUAUGUAAAAGAACACCGGCUCAAUUAAAAACAUGGAUAGACAACCAGCGAAAAAAAGUUGCCGUUCGAGGAAAUUAAACAAUUUGAUUUCCCCACUUUCAACACACAGUCACCGCCACAACAUUCCACGGACCCAGUGUUUUCUUACUUUUUUUAGUGAUAUAAGCUUUUCAUGCAUAUGAAAUACUCUUGCCCAUGUAUGGGAUAUGUUCACACACACGCACACACAAUUACAAUAAUUUUAUUUCAAAAUAUUUUUAUCAUGUUUUAUUAAUUCUAUGAAUGCUGUAAAAUUUUUAUUGACGAUUAAUUUAAAUUUAAAGCCUAUUCUUUAAUAAGUAUUGAAAACGUGUUUUUUUAUGAAUAAAAAUAUUCAUUAUUAAUUUA